CACUGUUUAUUCAUCUAUAAAUAGCUGCAUCAGACCCCAUUCUCCUUCCAUCAAAUCAUCUCCGGAUCUCCCCAUUUCAUCUCUCCCAACCGCCAUGGCUAAGUUCUUCGCUGUCUUCCUCAUAGCUCUGAUCGCCAUUUCCAUGCUUCAAGCAACUGUCUCGGCAAAGGGAGGACAUGGAGGCGGAUUCGGACCUGGAAGUUUGACAAGCUCUCAGUGCCCUGGGCAAUGCAUAAGGAGAUGCAGCAAAACGCAGUACCACAAGCCAUGCAUGUUCUUCUGUCAAAAGUGCUGUGCAAAAUGUCUGUGUGUGCCUCCAGGUUUCUAUGGAAAUAAACAAGUAUGUCCAUGCUACAACAACUGGAAAACCAAGGAAGGUGGUCCUAAAUGCCCUUAGUCUUCACCGGUAUUUACACAAUUAACAUCGGUAUUACUAUGAGUUUACUACCUACUAUUUAUUUCUUCUACUUCUUCAAUGUUGUAAUACUGUGAGGUCCAUUUCACGAUUUGAUUAAAAGUGAAAAAAGGACCAACGGAUUUUUAAAGUUUGUUACUUGUUAGCGUGCCACACUCCAUCGGAUUGCAUCCCCCAUGUGAUUGGGCCCCAUAUAUAUUUCACAAUUAUUAUUUUAAAUUCUGUUGAAAUAUAUUUGAGCGAAUUUAUCUA